AUGAAGCUGAGACUCGCGUGUGAUGUAUCUCCAUACGGAGUAGGAGCCGUCAUCUCACAUGUUCUAUCGUCAGGUGAAGAACACCCUAUUGCAUUUGUAUCACGGACUCUGUCACCAAGCGAGAAAAAAUAUGCUCAAAUUGAGAAGGAAGCCCUGAGCAUAAUAUUCGGAGUGAAGAAGUUUCACAAAUACCUGUACGGAAGGAAGUUCCAACUGCUGACAGAUCACAAGCCUCUGUUGGCCAUCCUUGGACCAAAAUCAGCUAUACCAACCCUUGCUGCACUUCGAAUGCAACGUUGGGCUCUGACAUUGUUAGCCUACGACUACGAGAUUGAGUACAGACGAUCCAGUGAUCACGCAAAUGCAGAUGCACUAUCAAGACUACCAUGCAAUAGUGACUCCGACAGUGAAGAUGAUAGAGCAGUCUUCCAGAUCUCUCUCAUUGACGAACUGCCCAAAUCUGCUUCAGACAUAGCAGAGGAAACAAGGAAAGAUCCAGUGCUUUCCAAAGUCUUGGACUUAACAUUAGGGGGUUGGCCAAACUUCGUAAAUGACGAUAACCUUCGUCCAUUCAUCGACAAGAAAGACCAGUUGUCCACUGAUCAAGGAUGUGUUCUGUGGGGAUCAAGGGUGGUGGUACCUCACAAAUUCCAGAGGAGACUGCUAUCUGACCUGCAUGAGGGACAUCCAGGGAUCACUCGAAUGAAAGCACUCGCUCGCAGUUAUCUGUGGUGGCCUGGACUGGAUCAGGACAUUCAACAGCAUGUAGGCCACUGCUCACCUUGUGAAACUGUUUGCAACAAGCCUGCUGCUGCACCUCUUCAUCCAUGGUCCUGGGCUGCGACACCUUGGAAACGCAUCCAUGAGGAUUACGCCGAGAUUGACAAGCAACAUUUCCUUGUUGUCGUCGAUGUCCAUUCCAAGUGGAUGGAAGUGUUCCCUACUCAACUGACCACAGCUGAGAAGACCAUCAAUCUUCUCAGACACCUGUUCGCAUCCUUUGGACUAGUCAAGGAGCUCGUAUCGGACAAUGGCCCUCCUUUCACGUCAAACGAUUUUGAAAUGUUUCUCAAGAACAAUGGAGUAAGGCACAUCCUGUCACCACCUUACCAUCCGGCAUCAAACGGAGCAGCGGAAAGAGCCGUGCAAACCUUUAAGAAGGCCUGGACUAGACUCGAGGUUCAGUCUGUGCCCACCCACCAAAGGCUUCCCCGGUUCCUGUUUACUUACCGUAACACACCACACACAGUAACGGAAUGUACAUCAGCUGAACUGUUUCUGAGACGCCAACCACGUACCCGCCUGAUAUUGUUGAAACCAGACUUGUCAAGCACUGUGUCAAAGCACCAGCUACAGCAGAAGCAAGCUCAUGACAGACACUCAAAGACUGUCAGAGAAUUCAAAGAGGGAGAGAGGGUGAUGGUACGUGAUUUCAGACACCCCAAGAGCCUGUGGAACUCAGGUGUGAUCUUGCAACGCAAAGGACCUUUGACUUACCAAGUCCAAAUUGGUCAUCGCCAGGCCAACGUUCAUGUGGAUCAUCUGCUACGGUCCAACGCCCCAGCAGAGACACGCCGAGAGAACAAUAACGACCCCAGGACUAUUCUCCUGACUGUGGAUGUACGGGAGAGACAGAGCCUGACCUUCCACCCGAACCUGGCCCACCACCGGAAGCCCAGGAGGAGCGGAGAUAUCCUAUUCGACAGCGAAAGGCACCUCAAAAGCUUUGACCUGUGA